CCUGUCCCCCUUGAGGUCCCUGGGGGCCCAUAUAAAUGAGGAGGCCCCAGGGUUCAGAAACCAGUAUGAGCUUGAGGCCACAGCUGUUCCUGACCUGGAAACAUGAGCUCCUCUAACCCGGACCAGCGGCUGGAGCACCUCCUGAGCGCCGUGGAGAGCGAGUUCCAGAAGGGCAGCGAGAAGGGGGACGCGUCGGAGAGGGACAUCAAACUGACCCUGGAGGACUCGGAGCUUUGGAGCAAAUUUAAAGAAUUAACCAACGAGAUGAUCGUCACCAAGACAGGGAGGAGGAUGUUUCCGGUUCUGCGCAUCAGCGUCUCCGGACUGGACCCGAACGCCAUGUACUCGGUGCUGCUGGAUUUUGUAGCCGCGGACAACAACCGCUGGAAGUACGUGAACGGGGAGUGGGUCCCGGGGGGCAAACCGGAGCCUCAGAGUCCCAGCUGCGUCUACAUCCACCCGGACUCCCCGAACUUCGGUGCGCACUGGAUGAAGGCGCCGAUGUCCUUCAGCAAAGUCAAGCUGUCCAACAAGCUGAACGGCGGAGGACAGAUCAUGCUGAACUCCUUACACAAGUACGAGCCGAGGAUCCACAUCGUGAAGGUGGGAGGCAUCCAGAAGAUGAUCAGCAGCCAGUCCUUCCCUGAAACUCAGUUCAUCGCUGUGACAGCGUACCAGAACGAGGAGAUCACUGCUCUGAAGAUUAAACACAACCCGUUUGCUAAAGCCUUCCUGGAUGCCAAAGAAAGUGUUGAUUCCAGGAGCGAUCAUAAAGACGUGUCGGAGCACAGCGCAGACAGCCAGCAGCCAGGAUAUUCUCAGCUUGGAGGCUGGUUCCUUCCAGGUCAGAAUCCCAUGUGCCCCAGCAGCAGCAGCAGCCCCCCUCAGUUCAGCAGCACAGCAGGCCACUCGUCCGGCUCUUACUGUGAGCGCUACUCCAGCCUGAGGAGCCACCGAGCGGCCCCGUACCCCGGCCCUUACCCCCACCGCAGCUCCGGCCCCAACAACUACAUGGACACCAGCUCAGGGASUCUGCCUGCCCACGACAGCUGGUCCCCCCUUCAGAUCCCCAGCUCCACAGGGAUGGGGACCCUGGCCCACACCACCAACUCCAGCUCCAGCUCCAGCCAGUACCCCAGCCUGUGGUCAGUGGCGGGCACCACCCUCACACCUUCAGCCUCCUCCUCCUCCGGCUCCAUACCUGGAGGUCUGACGUCACAGUUCCUGAGGGGCUCCUCCUACACCGGCCUGGCCUCCUCACUUCCUGUCUCCUCACCGUCCUCCAUGUAUGACCCCGGGCUGAGCGAGGUGGGAGUCGGGGACGCCCAGUUUGAGAGCUCCAUCGCUAGGCUCACAGCGACGUGGGCACCUGUAGCACAAAGCUACUGAGGGGGUCUCACUCCAGACAGCCCUGAGGACCCCCGGACUGACAGAUCUUUAUAAAACAUGAUGGGUUCUUGUGACGUCUGCAGUCUGAGUUCUGCAGGAGUCAUUUAACAGAACAGGAAGUAGUUCUCUGAGUCAGUUUGUUCUGAUUUAAUGCAGGAAGCUUUGUUUCAAACAGCCUGAUGAUGACAUCAUGAGAGUUUGUUAGAAAUAAAAUAAAACGGUUUAAAGUCUGUCAUCUGCUGCUCGUUUCUGGAACUAACUUCAUUUUUGUGUUUUUAAUUUUAGUCAGCCUCCACAGGAUGAUUCUUUAUAAAAGAAAGAAAAACUUCAAAAUGUACAUGUGUGUAUAUAGAUUAAAUUAAUGUCUUGUGUUGUCCACAGAAAUGAGCCUUUUACACGUUCAAAGUGCCUUUAAUUCCUGGGAGGAGGUUUGAAAACCAAACAAUGCAUUUUCUGUUCAAACAUCUUGUACAGAAGCUUUUCUCUCUUCUGGAUUCUGCUCUAUGUUUUAUUUAUGCCUUUUAUUAAUGAAUUAAAUAUAUUUGCUUUACAAAAUA